UAUCUUACUUUUCAGAAUGACAGUUCAAACCAGAAUGCUGCAAAAAUUUCUGAUGCUUAUUGAAUGUAUUCUUACCUUAGCGAAACUUAGUGCUUCCAAAACUUCGCCCGAAAACCGACUCCGAGUCGAGUUAAGGGAAGGUUAUGACAUAUCCACGAGGCCAGUCUUAAACCCCGAAACCCCUGUCAACGUAUCCUUCAAAACUAUCAUAUACCAGCUUGUUGACCUGAAGACAAAAGACCAGACCAUUGAAAUGUUGAUGUUCCAGCGUCUGGAAUGGACUGACGAAUUCCUCCAGUGGAAUCCAAGGAAUUUCCAGGGAUUAGAGUGGUUGAGGUUUUACAGGAGCCACAUAUGGACCCCGGACAUUCUGCCGUUCAAUGACGUGGGGAGCUUCGAUCUGGAGAAAUACGACCAUUCGAUUCCUAUAACGGUCUAUUACACUGGCGAAGUUGUUUGGGCAAGACCCGUGAACUACAAAACGACAUGCUCGCUCGAUGUGACGUCGUUUCCAUUCGAUACGCAGACUUGCGAAAUUGUGGUGGGCUCCUGGCAGUAUUUCAAAGGAGAGAUCAAUCUCACGUGCAGUCCUGUCGAUCUCUCUCAAUAUAUGCAAGACAGCCUUUGGACAUUAAAGGGUACCGAUUGUCAGAAUCAAUCCAAUGAUGACCUAAACGCAUCUAGUGCCACAAUUACAGUAGCAGUCACAUACAAACGUCUCUCGACAUUCUACGUGCAGAAUCUCAUACUACCAAAUGCAUUUCUUCUCACCCUCAGCGCUCUAACGUUCUUCAUUCCCGGGGAACAUGGGGAGAAACUGACCUUUGGGAUAACUGUGACCCUAGCACUUUGUGUAAACUUGACAUUGGUGACGGAGUUUGUGCCGCAAACUUCCAAGACUUUCCCAAGAAUCAGUUACUAUUUCUUGUCAAGUAUUGUGAUAUCAUGUCUGACCAUGCUCUUUGCGACUAUUUCUAUCAAUGCCACCCAGACAAGGAGCUGCACGGAUCGCCAAGCUCUGGAAGACUUGGGAAGGAGUUCGCUCAAGCUGAGCGAAAUGUACAACGAGCGUGUUUCGACAGACGGUCGCCAUAGUCAUUUACAAGAUGAAGAAUCCGCAUCGGUAAUUGAAAGUGUGAAGAAAAUCAAGAGCUAUUCCAAAGCACAUGACGCUUUCUUUGGCGUGUUUUUCCUCGUAGGCACUAUCCUAUUCAGCUCCAUGAUAAUCUACAUGAUAUGA